CGAGUUUGGACAUUUGAAAACAGACGAUUCCAAUGAACGAGCGGUGAAACAUGGAUCGAUGGAAGCCUGAGGAGCUGGAGGUGCUGCAUUCACACACAUUCCGACAGAAGAGUUUCAAGAAGUCCAAAGUCUGCAACGUGUGCAAACAGAGCAUCCUCCAGGACGGCCUCAUCUGCAGAGUGUGCCGUGUUUCCUGUCAUACACAAUGCGAAGUCAAGGUGUCUUCUGCCUGCGUCCCGGCCACAAACUAUGAGCUGGCCCCAAGUCCAGACCUGCAGCUCAAACAUGUAGAUACAAUGGGAUCAACAAAAUCCUCCAAGUCCAUGGAGUCCAGACGCAGAACGUCCAGGACGGGCAGUCUUCUUCAGGCUCUGGAGGAGACGGUGGAGCUGGAUCUUCUGUACAUCACAGAGAGGAUCAUCUCCGUGUCCUUCUCCAGCUCCGUGGAGGAGCCCAGCUACGCCGCACACCUCCGAGAAGUGGCCUCCAUGCUGCGCUCCAAACACGGACACAACUACCUGCUCUUCAAUCUGAGUGAAAAACGGUUUGACAUCGGCCAACUCCACCCAAAGGUCUUGGACUUCGGCUGGCCAGACCAUCACGCUCCGGCUCUGGAUAAAAUCUGCAGCAUCUGUAAAGCCAUGGACACAUGGCUGAGUGCAGACAGCCAGCACGUGGUGGUACUGCACAACAAGGGGAAUCGUGGGAGGACUGGAGUGGUGGUGGCUGCAUAUAUGCACUACAGCAAUAUAUCUGCAAGUGCGGACCAGGCGUUGGACAGAUUUGCCAUGAAGCGUUUCUAUGAAGACAAAGUCCUUCCUGUGGGACAGCCCUCUCAGAAAAGAUAUGUGGAGUACUUCUGUGGUCUUCUGUCUGGACACAUCAAGAUCAACAACAAGCCUCUGUUCCUGCACCAUGUGAUCCUGCACGGCAUCCCACACUACGAGCCCAAAGGAGGUUGUCGUCCGUUUUUAAAGAUCUACCAGGCCAUGCAACCCGUCUACACGUCUGGGAUCUAUAACGUCCAGGGAGACAGUCAAACGUCCAUCUGCAUCACCAUAGAACCAGGACUGCUGCUCAAAGGAGACAUCCUGUUGAAGUGUUACCAUAAGCGUGUGCGUGGGCCCAGCAGAGACGUCAUGUUCCGUGUGCAGUUCCACACAUGUGCAGUUCACGAACUGUCUCUGCUCUUCAACAAGGAGCAGCUGGACCACUCCUGCAGAGAUGACAGAUUUCCGGAGUAUGGGAAAGUGGAGUUUGUCUUCUCUUUUGGCCCAGAGAAGAUCCAUGGGCUGCAGCACCUGGAGAAUGGCCCCUCUGUGUCUGUGGACUACAACACCCAGGACCCUCUGAUCCGAUGGGACUCCUACGAAGACUUCAACCUCAUCUGUGAAGACGCUCCAGACGACGUCAUCCACACCCAGGGCCCACUGGACGGCAGCCUGUACGCCAAAGUCCGCAAAAAAGACUCCAUCGACCCCCCGGUGACCUCCAACGGGAUCCCCCCCUCUGCGGCUCUCCCCUCCGUAGACCAGGCCCUCUCCGUCAGCAGCGACUCGGGCAACUCCACGGCCUCCAUCAAAACCGACCGCACCGAUGAAAACACCGCAGCGCUGCCUACCGUCUCCGCCGUGAACCAGCAGAACGAAACCAACGCCGCUCCACCGGUCCAGCGCCCCAUUAGCCCGCAGGAAAAGCAAGAGUUAGAGCAGCUUCUGAGCGGGUUGGAAGGGCCUAUGCACAGACAGCCAUAUUUGUCGACGGCGAAUGCGAACAGCGGCGCUAUGUUACACCUUGUCCCGGCGCAAAUCCACGUAAACGGACACGGGACCAUCGGGAUAGACCGUGAAACCGAUAUUUUGGAUGACGAACUGCCAACGAGUCAAGAAGGAAACAGCGUGGACAGCCUUGGGACCUUUUCCUCCUUGGAAGAUCGCGCAACUCCGGCGGAAUUGUACUACCAAUCGGAGAGCGGCGUCAACGGGCAAGACCACGUUAUGUAUUUGGAACGGACUGCGCCGGAAAAGCCCAGCGAGAUUCUGCCGUCCGCUGGCGACUACAUGGUGACGCAAAACGGGAAUAUGUACAGAUCGCAGUCUUACGGAGCGGACACGAAAGCGCAACCGCAAGCCCCAGCGCGGACCACGAGUAGCAAGGAGGCGGUGCAGCGUGGGUUAAAUGUUUGGCAGAAAUUUGGCGUCACGGAAGAGCCAGUUACCGAUGGAAUUAUCUUCAGCCCGUCUAAUAUGGCGAUGCCGAGUCAUAGCCACAGUUUACCGCAGUUCCCGCACCGUAGCUCUGCAUCGCAGCAAGAAAUCGAACAGUCCAUCCAGACGCUAAACAUGCUCAUGCUGGAUCUGGAGCCUGGGAACGCCAUGCCGAAAUCUCAAAGUGUUCCGGUGCAAAACGUCGUCACCGCGCAACCGUCCUUUGUGCAAAUGCAAUCCCGACCGAGUUUCAAAGCAGAUGCAGGGAGUCAAAGCAGCAGUUUUCCGGUGAGUUCGGAGGUAACGCCAGGAAAACGGAGUACGCCAGAGCCGAGGCAGAUACAGGAAGUGGAGAAGGGAUAUCUGUCGAGCGUGUCCAAGCCGGCUGAGGUCGCAGAGCCCCCUAGUGACGGUUCGGCGUCACUGCAGGCGAGAGAGACGGAGCCCGAGGAGGUCUUCAACGUGGAGGGACUGGUGAAGCAAAGAGUGGCAGGAGUCCAGGCCCGAGCCGCGUCCCAGGAUGAGCCUCCGCAGACGGCCCGCAGGCUGCCCUCGGACACCCAGCCCGAGAGCGCCGCGGACGGGUCAGACUUCCCCCUGCGCUCCCCCGUCCGCUGCGUGUCUCCGGAGUUCGUCAACGCCAUCGCCCUCAACCCCGGAGGGCGCCCCAAAGAGAGACACAUGCACAGUUACCGCGAGGCCUUCGAGGAGCUGGAGGCAGCGCCCCCUACUGUUGGUGGUGAGGUGUUACCCCAAACCCCAGCCUUCCCCGUGUCACCGCAAACCCCCUACUUCAACCUGUGUCGCUCUCCUCCAGGACUGGCCAAGACUCCUCUGUCCGCCCUGGGACUUAAACCUCACAACCCAGCCGAGAUCCAGCUCAACCAGACCGGCGCAGCUCCCAGGAGUUACGUCGAAUCAGUGGCUCGAUCGGCCACAGCAGCGGGCCCGGAGCCCCCCUCGUCUCCUCGAAGCGUGAGUCCCCCGGUGGACACUACAGGCACUGCGGCGAAAGCACCGAGCGUCAGCCAAUCGGAGGGCAGUAUCGCUAAAGCCCUGCCCAUCAGCCAAUCAGAGGAGAUCAUCAAAAAACCGAGCAGUCCUGUGCUGGAACGGCAUUCUCCGUUUUCACAGCCCAUCAGCCAAUCAGAGGAGACCGGCUCCAAACCCAGAGGGGUGACUCCUCCAGGGGGCAGCACUGAACCGCGACGGGGCCCCAGCCCCGCCCACUCCCUGAACCCGCCUCUGUCCAGCAGCAGUCCCAUUCAGAGCAUCCGAGGGGAGCUUCCUUCAGUUGAAAGCGGCCUCAGCACUCCGUCCCAGCCCACUACAGACUCUGGUUUCCGCUCCCAGACCACAGAGAGCUACUACCAGACCCCCACCCCAAACUACACCCCCACCUACACCCCCACCUACCUGCCCGGGACAACACCGUUACCCCCGUACCUCCACCAAGCCACGCCCACUUACCUGGACUCCUCUCUCCCCUCCUACCUGGGCUCCACCUCCCCUCCCGUCUCUUACCCGGGCCAGAGCGCUAUCCUGGGCACAUACUCCGACUCUCCUCCCCCUAACCUGGAGCCAGUGACCCACGGGAGCCCCCAGCCUCUGCACAGGCUGGUCCCUGGCAUGCACCCAUCGCUCCAGUCUGCGCAGUCCAAUGGGUUUGAUAAUAUAGUUGUGGGGGGCAGUCCCGUGUUUGGGCGCAGGCUUUCCCAAACGAGCCAGAGGAGUCCAGUUCUGAGCAGGCAGGGGUCGUUCGGACAGACCCUCCAGAGCAGCCCUGUGCUGGGGAGGCAUCCUUCCAUUUCACAGGUGUCUCAGAGGAGCCCGAGUCUGGACCGCCACCCCAUGCACAGCGGCUACACGACCCCCGACCCCGACCGCCACGGUAACCUGUCGCGUCAGAGCAGCUCGUCGGGGUACCAGGGCCCCCCCACCCCGUGCUUCCCUCUGUCCUCGGGCGGGCUGCAGGAGGGAGGGUUCAGGCAGGCCAGCCCCGCCCCAGCCCUCCAGCCUCUGCUCCCGGAGAAGCGGCGCAUGUCGAGCGGGGACCGGCCCGGCGCGUCUCUGAGCUACAGCAACACUCUGAACGGCAGGAGCCCGGGCGGGAGGGACGGGGCCGCUCCAGGGGGCACUCCGGCGGGACAGGGCUACUUCCACACGCUGUCCGACUUCUCCAGGUUUCACAUGUUUGAUGGCAGUCCUGAGAGCCGUUUGAACGUGAAGUUUGUCCAGGACACGUCCAAGUUCUGGUACAAACCAGAGAUCUCCAGAGACCAGGCCAUCGCCCUGCUGAGGGAGAGGGAGCCCGGCGCGUUCGUGAUCAGAGACAGUCACUCGUUUAAAGGAGCGUACGGGCUCGCCAUGAAGGUGGCCUCUCCCCCUCCCACCGUGCACCCCGCCAAGAAAGGAGACUUGAGUAAUGAGCUGGUGAGGCACUUCCUGAUCGAGAGCAGCCCCAAAGGAGUCAAGCUGAAGGGCUGCCCCAACGAGCCGUACUUCGGCUGUCUGUCUGCUCUGGUGUACCAACACGCCAUCACCCCCCUGGCCCUGCCCUGCAAACUGCUCAUACCCCCCUCAGAUCUGAUUGAGGAGGCUCCAGAAGUGGCCACACCCAACGCCGUCACCAACCAGCUCAAACAAGGAGCAGGUACGAUCACUCCACGAGCAUUUACAAAGACUCUUUUAAAUGACAUGUUUCUAAAAGUCUAUUUGUUAUCCAGCGCCCCGAGCGUCUGCUGA